AGCUAUAGCUAGCUAGCGAUCGAUCGGGAGAGAGGCAGCUGCAAUAAAGCGCUUUAGUUUAGUCAAGCUGUGCGGUUGUGCAGAAGCCAUGGUCGAGUUCAACGUUACAGCACUCUCGAAUGCAGCCUGUUACGGGAGCAAGAAAGCUGAAAGUCACCGAAUACUGUUCCAGUCCACGGGAGCCUACGCGCCGGGAAGCAGCUUUCGCUAGUUUUCACGCGUAUAUAC